GUCACUAAAGCCAUGACAGGAGCAAAGGAGAACCAUGCUUUCUUUGGGCUGGAUGUUUCUUUGGUUUGUUGCAGGAGAGCAGACUGCUACAUUUAACCAUUCAGCUUGUGCCACCAAAAUUCUGUGGAUGUAUUCUGUGAGAGAUCCCAAGGGUUUUGUCCUCUUUUGUGAUUUACAAGAGCUCCAGUGGCAAAAUUUCUCCCGCAUAACCCCACUGUCACCAACACAAGACCCUGCUGGCACACCUUGCAGUGGGAGUCAGAACCUAUCUGAUGUCCAGUGGUACAAGCAACAUCAGAGUGGAGAGCCAUUAGAGGAGAUCAGUAGAAGCUCCCUUCACAUGGAGAACAACGGCAUGCUGCAUAUAGUGGCCCCACAGGAGAACAAUGUUCCAUCAUAUAUUUGUAAACCCAGAAUUAGGAGCCCCCAGGAUGUGGCUUGCUGUGUCAAGACAGUCUUAAAAGUUAAGCUCCAGAACAAUGAAUCCUGUGGGAACACAGCACAAGAUGAGCAAAUCCUGCUUCUCGGUAGCACUGGCUCCAUUCAUUGUCCCAGUCUCAGCUGCCAAGAGGAUGUACAGAGUCCAGAGAUGACCUGGUACCGGGAUGGAAGACUGCUUGAGAAUAAGGAAAAUCCCAUUGAGGUGGAUGCUAUUUAUGAUUUUGACGAGGGUUUGUAUGUCUGUGACUACACUCAGUCUGAUAAUGUGAGUUCCUGGACAGUGAGAGCUGUGGUCCAAGUGAGAGCCAUCGAUAAGGACACGAACCAGACGCCUGACAUUCUGGAUCCCGUCACAGACAUGCUGGAAGUGGAGCUUGGAAAGUCUUUGACUCUACCCUGCAAAGUUCAAUUUGGCUUCCAAAAAGACUUAAAGGCUGUAAUAAAGUGGUAUGCCAAAGACUCUACCGGGGAAUGGGAACUCCCAGUACUUGGAAACAAAAGCAUUAAACACACGUUCAAGGAUAAAGUCAUUGAACACACGGCCUUCUUGAGAGAAGUCACCCAGAGAGAUCUUAGUAGAACGUUUGUUUGCUUUGCUCAGAACUCCAUUGGGAACACAACACGGAUCCUCCAGCUGAGGCAGAAGGAUGGAGCGGUAUUUGUAUACAUCCUGCCUGGCACGGCCAUGCUGCUGGUUGGCGUUCUGGUGGCCGCCGCCUUGCUCUACUGCUACUGGAUCGAAGUCGUCCUGCUGUGCAGAACCUACGCGAACAAGGAUGAGACUCUGGGGGAUAAGAAGGAAUUUGAUGCAUUUGUUUCCUAUGCAAAUUGGAGUUCCCCUGAGAGCGAAGCCACCAGAUCUCUGAGCGAGGAACACUUGGCCCUGAAUCUAUUCCCGGAAGUGCUGGAAAACAGAUAUGGGUAUACCUUGUGUUUGCUUGAAAGAGAUGUGACCCCUGGAGGAGUGUAUGCAGAUGACAUUGUGAACAUCAUUAAGAAAAGCCGAAGAGGAAUAUUUAUCCUGAGUCCCAGCUAUGUCAAUGGACCUCGUGUCUUUGAACUACAAGCGGCAGUGAACCUUGCCUUGGUUGAUCAGACACUGAAAUUAAUUUUAAUUAAGUUCUGCUCCUUCCAAGAGCCAGAAUCUCUACCUUAUCUUGUCAAAAAGGCUCUGCGGGUUCUCCCCACAGUCACGUGGAAAGGCUUGAAGUCAGUGCAGCCCGGCUCCAGAUUCUGGACCCAAAUAUGUUACCACAUGCCAGUGAAAAGCUCCCAUAGGUUUAUGUUCAAAGGGCUCAGAAUUAUCCCAAGAGGUUUUCCCCCUGAUAAGGACCUGGUGAGGCAGAAGCCACUGAGAGGAGUGCCCAGCUCAGGGGACAGCCACGGAGCUCAGAACCCCCUCCUCUCCAGCCAUUAGCAGAAGUGCUGA